CGCCCCCCUCUCCCUGUUUCCUCCCCUCUCCACCAAUCGCAGCUCGGCGUCUGCGGGGCGCGUUCAUCGGGCCAACCAAUGAGAAGCGCGCGGGACUCGUGCGAACCAAUGAGAAUCGCGCGCGCAGCGCGGGCUCUGCUCGGUGCGUCGUGUGGUGGCGGCGGCCUCGAGCGGGCGGUGCCGCCAUGGAGCCGCUCCGGCCCGGACAACAUGGCGGACAACAUGGCGGACAACAUGGCGGACAACAACAUGGCGGCGGGCGGGGCUGGGUACCGGGCUGGGUACCGGGCUCGGUACCGGUGGGUGCCCGUGGCCGCUCUGUGCUCCCGGCCGUGGCCUCCCCUCCUCCCCCGGGCCCGCCCCGCUCGGUUCCGUCGGUCCCGGCCGAGCUGGGCCGCGGUUUCUCGGUCCGUCCGUCGGUUCCGCCCGGUUCUGACGCUGUUCCCGGUCCGGAGUCGCUCUCGUCGCUGCUUUGGAGCCUCGGCUUCAACCCGCGCCCUCCAUCAUCACCAUCAUCACCAUCACCACCAUCAUCCCACACGGAGCCGGAGCUGCGGCCUCUCGGCCGUGCCGCUCUGUGCCGCGCCCUGCACAGCCCGCAGAGCCCCGGGGUGGGGGGACGAGGAGCCGAGAUGGGGGCGGAGAUGGGAGCGAGGGGACGAAGACAGAGGGAGCUUCAAGCACCAGGGUGACCUCAAGCGUCAAACUGGCCGAGCUCCCACCACGAAGCCGGUGCCGAAGGGAACAGCCGUGGCCGUGGGGCUGAACCUGGUGCGAAUCUACUGCCAGAACGACUCGGUCUAUCAGUACCACGUCACCUUCAGCCCCGAGGUGGAGUGCAGGAGCAUUCGCUUUGCCAUGUUGAAGGAGCAGCGCGAGGUGACGGGGGACGUGACGGCGUUCGAUGGCUCCAUCCUCUUCCUGCCCAUCCUGCUGCCUCAGCCGCUCAGCCUGACGGCGCUGCGCAGGACGGACCAGGAGCAGAUCAGCAUCAGCAUCCAGCUGACCAAAGUGCUGGAGCCCAGCUCCGACCUCUGCAUCCCCUUCUACAACGUGGUGUUCCGCAGGGCCAUGAGGAUGUUGGACAUGAAGCUGGUGGGCAGGAACUUCUACGACCUGUCCAAGGCCACCGUGCUGCAGCGCUACAGGCUGCAGAUCUGGCCGGGUUACUCCGUCAGCAUCCGCAAGAAGGACGCUGGGCUGUUCCUGACAGUGGACACCGUCCAUAGGAUCAUCCAGGGUGAAUCCGUGCUGGCUUUAAUGCAGUCCAUCUGCAAGCAGAACCCCAGCAGCUUCCACGAGGAGUGCACCAAGCAGCUGGUGGGCAGCACGGUGCUGACCCGCUACAACAACCGCACCUACCGCAUCGACGACAUCGACUGGGACAAGACCCCCCGCGACAGCUUCACCCUGGGCAGCGGGGAGCAGAUCAGCUUCGUGGAGUACUACAGCAAAACGUAUGGGAUCACGGUGCGGGAGCUGGAGCAGCCGCUGCUCAUCCACAGGCCCAAGGAGAAGGUGGUGCUGGGGGGCAAGCCACGGCUGGACAUGGUGCUGCUGCUGCCCGAGCUCACCUUCCUGACCGGCAUCUCGGAGGUCAAGAAGGACGGCCGCAUGCUGAAGGACGUGAUGCGGGAGAUGCUGCAGAGCCCCCAGCAGCACUACGAGUCUCUGUGCAGUUUGCUGCACCGCAUCCAAUGCAACCAGGAGGCGUCGCAGGAGCUGAAGCGCUGGGGGCUCAUCCUGAGCCCCGACAUCCACAGGACCCAGGGCCGCAUUCUGCCUUCGGAGAGGGUCAACCUGCGGCGCUGCUCCUUCAUCGCUGCUGAGGACGUCAACUGGAACAGGGAGGUGGUGAGAGAAGCUGCCAUCUCCACGGUGGACAUGAACUGCUGGCUGCUGGUUUACCCGCGGCGCCUGCAGGACGUCACCAAGAACCUGGUGUCUCUGCUGCGGAGCUGCUGCGGCCCCAUCGGGAUGCAGGUGAACCAACCUGGGCUGGUGGAGCUGAAGGACGAGAGGCUGGAGACCUACGUGAGAACCAUCCGCAGCGUGUUGGGCCACGAGGACAAGGUGCAGCUGCUGCUGUGCAUCACCACCGGCACCAAGGGGGACGUGUACAGCGCCAUCAAGAAGCUGUGCUGCGUGCACAGCCCGGUGCCAUCCCAGGUCAUCAAUGUGAGCUCCCUGCAGGGCCACAUGGCCAAGCUGAGGAGCGUGGUGCAGAAGGUGCUGCUGCAGAUGAACUGCAAGCUGGGAGGAGAGCUGUGGGGGGUGGACAUCCCGCUGAAGCAGCUGAUGGUCAUCGGGAUGGACGUGAGCCACAGCAGAGGGACGCGCUCCGUCAUCGGCUUCGUGGCCAGCACCAACCAGCUGCUGACCCGCUGGUAUUCCCGUGUCGUCUUCCAGCUGCCGCAGCAGGAGAUCGCCGACAGCCUGCGGCUCUGCCUGGCCAACGCGCUGCAGCAGUUCCACGAGAUGAACCACUGCCUGCCCAAGAAGAUCGUGCUGUACCGUGACGGUGUGUCCGACAGCCAGCUGGACACGGUGCUCAAAUACGAGAUCCCGCAGCUGCAGAAAUGCUUCGAGGCCUUCGAGAGCUACAGCCCCAGCAUGGCCGUGCUGGUGGUGCAGAAGCAGAUGGGCACCAACUUCUACUCCGGCUCCUCGGAUCACAUCUCGGCUGCGCCUGCAGGGCUGGUCGUGGAUCACAGCAUCACCAGCACCGAGUGGCAGGACUUCUUCCUGCUGGCCCAUUGCCCGCGGCUGGGCUGCAGCGUCCCCACGAGGUACAUCUGUGUGCUCAACACCGCCAGCCUCAGCACCGAGCACCUGCAGAGGUUGACCUUCAAGCUGUGCCACCUCUACUGGAACUGGCCCGGCACCAUCCGCGUCCCUGCGCCCUGCAAGUACGCGCACAGGUUGGCCUUCCUGGCCGGGCAGGUGCUGCAGCACGAGCCCAGCGUGCAGCUCUGCAACCAGCUCUUCUUCCUGUGAGCGCAGCCCCUUGCAGCCCUUAUUGCAGCCCUUCUUAUAGCUCCAUGCAUCCCCCCCUUGCAUCCCCCCCUUGCAUCCCCCUCUUGCAUCCCCCUCUUGCAUCCCCCCUUUGCAUCCCUUCCUGCAGCCCCUUGCAGCCCCUCUGCUUUCUCCCCCAUGUUUCUGGUUCCUUUAUGGGGUUUCCCAUUUCAGGUUGUUAUUAUGGGGGGGGGCAUUGAGGUCACUUUGCUGCCUGCCCAGCUCUUCCCCCCCCCCUUUAUUUUCCAUUCCUUUGCAGUGUGAUAACAGGGAGCUGAUAAGGAGCUGAUAAGGGGGGAGGGGGGUUGGGGGGGGUCGGGACUUUGAUUCCUCCCCGCUCCGCUGUGAUCUCUGCUGCCUUUAGUUUCCUUUGCUGCUCCCUUUGCCUUUUCCUGCCCGUUCCUGUGGCUGUUGCUCCCCCCCCUUCCAUUAAAGCUGUUCCUUCCA